UCAAACAACAAACAUUGGUUCAUGGCAAAAAUGUCAGUUCUCCAGUUAACUUACGGUCUCUGAAUGAUGUAGAGUAAUCUCAAACCUAAAUUUCUAACGUUGAGGAAGAUCCUUGAUCUGAGAACAUGCCAUAAAUACCAAGGACAGACAAAUCAUUCAGAGAUUUGUGAUAACAUUCAUUCAUUAUGGGGACUGGAGGCUCCUUCCUGAGGAAUAACGAAGAUGAUGACAUCCUCGGGACAGAUCUGGAUGGCAGCAGUCAUGGAGUCAUCAAGAGGAUCCCCAUUGAGAUGAAACCUAGAGGAAAGCUGGGGCUUCGCAGUGGAGCUAGCAAGAAACCAAAGGGAGGGAGUCUCCGCUCAGCUCUGUCCAUAGAUUUGGAGAAUCCAGAGGCAGAAAAAAUACGGAAAGAUUUUGAGAUGUACAGAUUGAACAAAGAGAAUGACAUUGCAAAUAUGCAGAGAAAAGAACAACGGCUUACAAUAGAGAACAAAAGGCUUCGAGCUGAACUCCUGGUGCUACAGAAAACAUGUUCCUAUUUACGUACAGAGAGGGAUUCUGCUUUAGAUGCAGAACAGCAGGCUCUGGCUAGAUCUGGGGCAUUUGAACAGGACAGAGAUAAAGUUCAGCGUCAGUUCAAAAUUUUUAGAGAAAACCAAGAAUAUGAAAUCCAGAAUUUACUACGUGCCAAAAGAGAAUUAGAAAAUAAACUUUCCAAGGUGACGCAUGGCUACUCUCCUGAUGAUGAUGAUACAGGUUCAAAUAGUGACUUCAUUGAAGCUGGAAUGGGUAACCCUGGUGACUGGUGGACAGCCCUGGAGAGUGAGCCAUCCCUAGGCAGCACAAUACAGCUCCAUCAGCCAACCAUUAAAGGUCCCGAGUUUGCUCACAGUAUGAUGGACACAGACGGACCCUUUACCAAUGUCAACAGAGAGGAUUGGAGCUCUGUGCUAGCCAACCUUACUCAGAUGGUGCCCAUAAUCCCAGAACAUUCCCUCAGCCCCGUCCUCAGGGUCUACAUAUCAGCCCCGCGUGACUCACAUGUGGAGGUGGAAAUACUCAAUAAGGAAUACAUGCCGAGACUGUCUAGUAUAUGUGAAGCUGAAGGUCGUAGUCUGGCUAUAGUCCACCUCGUGUUUGACGAGAACAACCCACCAUCUACACAGGUAGACCUCCAGGCCAGUACCAGACAAAAACAGAUAGCCAAGUCCUCCAUCUUCUUGGCUUUCCUAGGAGAUGCCACUGACAGAUUUACAGCAAUGGAGUACAAACAUGGGUUUUUUGAUAACCCAACAUGGCGGUCGUCAGUCUUCUGUUUUCGGGAGUCAAAAGGAAGUAGGUCAAGUCAAGGUGAUGCCAAGGAUCUCAAGGUCAAGGUCAGGGAGAUGGGAUGUGCCAAGGUCGUUGAUGGAUAUACUGUGCCAAGUAGAGGAGUAGAACAGGCUAGUGCUGAGCUGGAGAAAAUCCUGAAGGGGGAGCUAGGUGUAGGGAACAAGCUGGAGAAACAGGAGGAUGAGGAAAAUGGUCUGUUGGAGGGAGAAGGGCCAGAACAACUCUGUGGGGGGUCUAUUUUUGAUAUCCAUGGCGAUCUGGAACAAAUGGAAGCCAUCAGCUUCGCCAAACGUUCAAGUUGUGAACUUGGUUUUGAAAAACAUUACGAGAGAUUAAAUGGUCAUGUUCUCUCGGCUGGACCCCUUCCUCCAUUGUUGAUGACCGGGUCAGCAGGAACAGGACGGUCACUCCUCCUUGCUAAAUGGAUACAACUACAACAGGAGAAGGUCCAGAGUAGUCUAGUGCUCUACCAUUUCGUGGGCAGUAAUUCAUCGGUCAGUUCUGAUGCGGUCAACAUGAUACGAAGACUGACCGCUCAGCUGAUGCAACAAGUGAAUUCACCGCCGGCCUUGACCUGUGACCCUGGACGACUUGUAGAGGAGUUCCCUCGCUGGCUAGAGAAGGUGUCGGCCAAAACAGUGGGCGGCGUCAUACUGGUGAUGGAUUCCAUUGACAGGUUCCAGCAAGCGGAGGUACACCUGAAAUGGUUGUUGGACCCCCUUCCUGUGGAUACCAGGGUGAUUGUGUCAGUCACUGACGAGACCUGUCCACAGGCAUGGCGGUCCUGGCCAACCCUUCUUGUGGAGCCACUGAGCAAUAAGAAUGUGAAGGAGCUGAUCCAUGCUGAGCUGGCGAUACAGGACACUCAGAUAAGCCAGGACGAGGAGACAUUAAUUCUGACUCACUGCCGCACUGCCCCCACAUGUUGUCCACUCUACGUUAUGGUGCUCGCCCGCCACAUUGCCAGUUACGCAAAACACGAGGGUAAAGUGGGUCGCCACCUAGAUGUGAUGUUGACGUGUCCUGACUGUGUCAGUUUGUACAGCAAGGUUCUCGACCUUGUACGAGUGUCACUAGAAUCACACGACACACGUGGCUUUCUCAAGUCGAUCCUGCGGUAUAUCUACGUGAGUCGGAGUGGACUUAACGAGCUAGAAUUAAUAGACCUAGUUCCUGGUCUGACUUGGAACUUCCUCGCACUGUUCACAGAGGUCCUCGUCGAUUUACUCGUUCUCAAAUUCCAGGGCGGAUUGUUAUCAUUUGCUCAUGAACAGGUAGAGAAAGCGGUUCAGGACUAUUGUUUUGGUAAGGAGGAGGUGAAGCUUGUCCCUCAGCUACGACAAGACCUCAUACAAUACUUCAUGCAAUUCCAAAGCCCGGGGAAGGUGACAUGUCGCGUGUCAGACGAAUUACCUUGGCUUAUUAGACAGACGGGUGAUAAGGACAGUCUAGAAAAGUGUAUACUUAAUCUGUGUUUAUUCCAACGCUUUUACGCCAGAGGGCGGUGUGCAGAGUUAAUAACUUACUGGCAGUUUAUUGCCGCGGACAAGAACAGUAUGGCUCAGGCGUACUUUCAGGCCACCCGCAAUAUGGAGGAUUCUGUGGGUCAACACAACGGCCUGGUAACACUUCCCCGGAUAGCUGAUAUGUACGAGUCUCAGGGCAGAUUUCUCAAAGACCUCGGCCUCCUUAGUCAGGCUGUACCUGCCCUCCAGAGGGCGCUAGAGGUGCGUGAGAUCGCCCUGGAUCCAGACCAUCCCAUUGUGGCACGGUCCCAGCACCAGUUGGCGGGGCUUCACGCUCAGUGGGGGAAGUUCUCCACCGCGGAGGACUUCUACAAACAGGCCCUGACUAUGUACGAGAACGCCUAUGGCAGUGAUCAUCACCUGGUAGCUAAAGAGUUAGAUGCUCUCGCUGUGCUGUACCAGAAACAGGACAAGCACGAUUUAGCAGAGCCACUGAGGAAGAGAGCUACGUUGAUCAGAAAGAAAGCCAAAACUCCUCGCUCACAUUCCGGACAGAUGAAGUCUGUGGUACAGAGGCGAGCUCUUCAGCUUGAGGAGUUAGCAAUAGGUCCAGAUUCACCAGACCUGGCACGUACACUGAAUGAACUGGGAGUGUUAUACUACCUACAAACCAACCUAGAAACUGCUGAGUCUUUCUUCAAGCGUUCCCUGGAGAUGAGGGAGACAACAUUAGGUCCAGACCAUCUAGAUGUGGCUCAGAGUCUGAACAACCUGGCCGCUCUCUAUAACGACCGUAAACAGUUUGAUAAGGCCGCACCACUGUAUGAGCGGGCACUACAGAUCCGUAGCAAGUAUUUAAGCAUCAACCAUGACAGUGUGGCAACUAUUGUGAAGCACCUAGCAACCCUUUACAGAAAACAGGGUAAAUACGAGCAGGCCGAGCCUCUGUACAAACAGGCCAUAGAGAUCCGUGAGAAGUCCUUUGGAGCAUACCAUCCCUCAGUGGCCACAGCUCUGGUCAACCUGGCAGUACUCUACUCUCAACAGAACAAGUAUGCUGAAGCAGAGCCUCUGUACGAGAGAGCAUUGAAGAUUUACGAGGAAAGUCUUGGAGCUCACAAUCCCCGUGUCGCCGAGACAUUACGCAACCUUGCAGUCAUGAAAUAUGAACAGAAAGACUUCGAGACGGCAGCUAAGCUAUACAAGAAGGCUACAGAGAUAAAAGACUCAGACGUGUCUUACGGAGAUAAAGUGAUGUCCCGGAGAAGUUCAAGUGUAGACACCAGCUCUACUGUAAAGAAUCUUCUACAGACGUAGCACAUAGCUUCAACACUGCCUACUCACAUUGUGUAUUUUAUUUUUGUAUUGAAUACAAAUAAUUUACUGAAGACUCAUAUGUUCUAUAUUUGUGGGGGUGAAAUGAGCAAUGUCAAGAUUGGAUUCCGUUUUUAUUCGUUAAAAAUACUGCAUUUGUUGUGUUAAGAUUUUCGUAAAGCAGUUCUUUGAGGAACCAGAUGUAAAGAAGAAACAUUCUCAUAAAAUACACUAUAAUCGAAGAAAAAUACUGCAUUUGGCGCUCUAAGAUUUUCAUAAAACAAUUCGUUGAGGAACCAGAUUUAAAGAAGAUACAUGCUCAUAAAAUACACUAUAAUCGAAGAAAAAUACUGCAUUUGGCGCUCUAAGAUUUUCAUAAAACAAUUCGUUGAGGAACCAGAUUUGAAGAAGAUACAUUCUCAUAAAAUACACUAUAAUCGAAGAAAAAUACUGCAUUUGACGCUCUAAGAUUUUCAUAAAACAAUUCGUUGGGAAAACAAAAUUAAAUAAAACUUUGCCUGUUGAGUCAUAUAAUAUUCAUGAGGAAGCUAAUAUUGAAAAAGAUAGUGCUCAUGUAACUUAAUUUAUCAGUUAACACUGUGACCAAUAUCUGUGAUAUUUUUGUUAUGUGCUUGUGAAGUGUUCAGUGUAUUAUAUGCAAUGAGAUCAGAAGUAAUGGCUGUAUAAUAUGUUUGUGAGGCAGAUUCUGUGUCAUAUUUUGAAAGUCUACAAAUGAAUUAUUAUGAGGAUGUAAGCUAGAUGUAAGUAAUUUAUUCUAAAUGCUGUGGAUAGAACCAGGUAAACCUUUUGUUACGAGUCAGUGUCUGUUUUUGCCAGUCAUCUAUCAUCCAACACCUGUCAAGUUUCUCAAAAUCCAAGAUGGCCCCCCUGGCUUUUGAUUGGGUUUCACAUUUCACAUGGCAGAUUUUAACCAACUCGGUACAACUGAUCCCCUUAUGACUCUAACCAAGUGGUUUUGUAGACAAUGUCUACCUGUAGGUUAUGUAGUCUCAAUGUAGCAGAAAACCAAGAUUUAUUGACAAAAGGUGACAGAUACAGGUGCCUUGGGCCUCCUGUUUAAAUAUACUAGCCAAACAUUUGCCUGGGUCUAUAAAGCAUUAUGCAAAUAUCCUGUCAUGCUGAGGGUAUGUUUGAAGCUGAGUUACCUUUUAUCAAAUAAUCAGGUAAUUAGCAGAAUGGUUUGGGUAUAAAACUCCAUUCUUCCUACAUUAAUUCUAAUACACCUUUAAGGUCGGGAAUGUUUUGAAGAGUAUUUUUAGGAACAAGUUAAGUAUAUAUGGUAGCGUUGUCAUUAUACAGUAUAUAUCUGUCUUGAGGAGGGUGGAUUUUAUUUAUCACAAUUUAAAUGCCUAUACUUCAAGCCUGUAAUAGUUACAGUAUCAGUUACAUGGAAUUAAAUACUUGUUAUUGCAUUAUAAAAUAAAGUAAUACUAUGUUGACAAUAUGUUUGUAUACGUAGGUCUGAUAGUCCUAAUGGGUCAUUAUUUGAAAAUUUGAAACAGUUAGGAUUGCAAUCAUUUUAUGCUUUUGAUUAGCAUAAAGAACACAUAAAAGAACACAAGUAGGCUACCAUAAUUAACCCAGGGUCUGUCCUGCCCCUUGGGACUUGUUUCCUAGUUACUACAUUGAAAAGAUUGAGGUCCCAACCCUAUAAGUAGAUAAACAUAUAUAUGAAUCUCAACUAGAUUUGCUACAGGUCCAUAGAGACAAGUCAAAUACUAUGCAAUAUAUAUUUACGGAGAAACUUUUGCCAUUUCUUAAAGAUCAAGGUGACUGAUGCAAUUCUUUUGGACUGUUUGUUUACAUUCCAUUGUAUAGCAACUCAUGUUGUCUUGUUUUCAGUCAUGUAUGGAUGUACUUGUAGACUUACCUCAUUCACCCCUGAAGUUUCAUAAUGAACUAUUCCAACCUUUGAAUUGGAAGAGUUCAAAUUUGUCUUCAGGGGUGAAUCAGUUAUUGGAAUAUCAUUGAAUCCCAAGCAAAGUGAUUAGAUUAGAUUUUAUUAUACAUCUUUUAAUUAGUUUUAUCACUCAGGGUUUCGUUUUAAAUCUUUGUCCUCAUGAAUUCUAUUCUUUUUAUUCUUAUUAAUGAUUCAAACCUGGCCCAAUCAUUCAUGACGAGAUCAAAAUUCUUCUGUAAUUUUUUUUUUAUAAAAUAUUUAGAUUUUAAUGUUUUACAAUAUUCGUCAUUUGAUGAAGCAAGAGAAACAGUACCACAUUUGAUUAAUUCAGAAAUAUAUGCGGGUCUGAUUGUUUGCUAUACAGCAUAUAUACAAUGGCUUUUUGGGAUGCUUUUGUAGGUAUCCUGUAUUUUCCAUUAAGUGUUUUUAGACUUUUAGUAAUAUUUACAGGUCAAUUAAAUUCACUGUAGAAAAAGUUGUAUUGGCAGGUAAAGGACAACCCCACGAGUACAAUCAAAAGUUCAAUGUCUUAUAAUACGAUAAAGAUUCCUUUAAUGGUGAGGAAAGAACCUUUAGAUUUCUUAAGUUUAUAGAAAAAAGACUGUGAUGAUGCGAAUCCCUCAAUUUAGUAUUUUUUAAUCAUUUUGUUUCCCGUAAAGAAGUAUUUUUCUGAUUGAUUUCUAGUCACUGAUGUACAGGGCAGCAGAAAUUAUGAUAUUCUAAAGGUUAUUGUAGGAAUUGGAUGAGGGGUGAUCAUCUCAUGGUCUCCCUUAACCCUUUCACCCCUAGGUAACUUUAGAAGACUCUACCAUACAUUUAUCUGGGUGAGUCUAUUAUGGUCUACAGUGGUGAAAGGGUUAAUGUUAUAUAACACUGAUUGAAAUUAUUUAUUACUUAUGUGAUAUUCUACCGUCAUGAGUUCCUUAAAUCUGAUACUAUUUGCCUUCUCAAGAGUAAUCCUGGCUUCUAUUUAUUGUAGCAUCCUAAAAUAUAAGAAUACUUUAUAAAGACCUUUUGUCAAUUAAUUUUCCAUCCAUUUUGAAUUUUAUAUAUGUUAUACAAUCAAUCAAAUAUUAUGUCCUGAUGUUUAACUCAUUCACCCCUACAUAUUUAAAAUGGACUUGCCCAGUCUUUGAUUUAGUAAGAUUCAAAUGUUACUAUAGGGUGAAUGGGUUAAAAAACAAAGUAUUGCUCAUACUGUUAGUGACAUUUUACUUCUUUUUUUGUUGUUAUCUAAACUUUUUAGCAUUUUACUAUGCAAUGCCCAAAUUGUACAUUAUUUUGUGAGGCAGUUGUCCAGUCCUAUGUUUUAUUUUGAUAUCCAUGUGUGCUGAAACGUUCAAUAUGUCAUCCGUCUGGAUCUAUCUAUAGAAUGAUUGUUUAUACGAGUCCGUCCCAAUCUUCAGUCAGUGUUCAUGUUUAAAUAAAUACUUCCAGAUAUAUCUCGGAGUGUUUUUAUUGGUAUAAAUCCGUCCCAAUCUAUCUCCAAAGAAUGUUCAUAUCUUAAUGAAUCCGUCCCAGUUUAACCUCAAAUAAUGUUCACAUCUUUAUAAAUCCGUCCCAGUUUCACCUCAAAUAAUGUUCAUGUCUUUAUGAAUCCAUCCCAGUUUAACCUCAAAGAUUGUUCAAAUAAAGGAUGAAGUUUGACUUAAGAAGUUUGUUUCUGAUAUUUGAAGAGUCCAUACUAAACAUGAGGUCCCAGCAUUGGAGUUGGCCAUCAAGUUUGUUAUUUUUAACCCAUUUUCUGUCACUCUUUAUCAUUUAUAUUACCAAAGUAUGUGUUCUAAUUAACAAUAGUGUAUCUUUGAUGUUAAUCUUCAUAUAAUCUCUAAUAAUGUUUACUAUUCCAAGAAUUUUUACAUACUUAUUUGUUCAAAUCACACAACUCCAAGUGAUAUUGAAUACUGUAGGCUUACAUAUUUUAGCAGUGAUCUUUAUUUUUAGUGCUGUCAUGCUUUAAAUAUUGCACUAAAUCAUAAUUUCGCAAGCUGAAGAUUCUGUACUUUGUUUUUCUUUUGCAUAUACAUGUACUGUGAACAGGUAAAUUUUGGCUGCAGUUUUACUUUAGCCUUUUUAGCCCUCCGCAAAAACUGACAAUUUAUUAUGACACCGAAAAUUAGUACACAGUUUACCCUCUAUAGAAUUUCAUGUACAUGUAAAGGGCAAAAUUGACUCUUGCCGAACUUAGAUUUUACCAGUGAACGACGAAUAUUGAACUGGUAAAAACUUUCCACAGUAUGGUGAGCUCACUAGUUCAUCUGAAUGUACUCAUCUGUUAAAAUUUGAUAUUAUGCUAAAAUUUAAGUACCCUAAAAUAAGUAUAAUUACUGUACUCAAAUUUUCACUGCAGUUCAACCUUUGCCUUUUUCAUCAUCUGUAAUGAGGGCGAAUUUAUCGUGACUGUAAAAAUAAGUACAUUACAUACUACACAAAGUAACA